GUGACCAAGGAUGGCAGAGAGGAUGUGACCAUCAUCUGCCUUUAUCUGCCCUCCUGGUGGCACCACCAUGCAGAAGCCCAGUGGCUUGAAGCCCCCUGGCCGAGGGGGAAAGCACACCAAUCCCGUGGGCAGGCCAUCCAUUGGGUCAACUUCAUCUUCUGUGGUGGCAUCAGCCAGUGGCUCCAAGGAAGGGUCUCCCCUGCACAAGCAGGCAUCGGGCCCCUCCUCGGCUGGAGCCACCACCGCUGUCUCUGAGAAGCCAGGUCCAAAGGCAGCUGAAGUGGGUGAUGACUUCCUGGGGGAUUUUGUGGUGGGCGAGAGGGUGUGGGUGAAUGGUGUGAAGCCCGGUGUGGUACAGUACCUGGGUGAGACACAGUUUGCACCAGGCCAGUGGGCCGGCGUGGUCUUGGAUGACCCAGUAGGCAAGAAUGACGGAGCUGUGGGUGGUGUGCGCUACUUUGAGUGCCCAGCUCUACAGGGCAUCUUCACACGGCCCUCCAAGCUGACCCGCCAGCCCACAGCUGAGGGCUCAGGCAGUGAUGCCCACUCGGUGGAAUCUCUGACUGCCCAGAACCUAUCCUUGCAUUCUGGUACCUCCAUGCCCCCACUCACCAGCCGAGUCAUCCCCCUGCGGGAGAGUGUUCUUAACAGCUCCGUGAAGACGGGCAAUGAGUCUGGUUCCAACCUCUCCGACAGCGGCUCUGUGAAGCGUGGUGAUAAGGACCUCCACCUCGGAGACCGUGUGCUGGUUGGUGGGACGAAGACCGGUGUGGUACGAUAUGUUGGGGAGACGGACUUUGCCAAAGGCGAGUGGUGUGGUGUGGAGCUGGAUGAGCCCCUUGGGAAGAACGAUGGGGCUGUGGCAGGCACCAGAUACUUCCAGUGCCCACCCAAGUUCGGACUCUUUGCACCCAUCCACAAGGUCAUUCGAAUUGGCUUCCCAUCUACCAGUCCAGCCAAGGCCAAGAAGACCAAACGUAUGGCCAUGGGUGUCUCAGCCUUGACCCACAGCCCAAGCAGUUCCUCUAUCAGCUCUGUCAGCUCUGUGGCCUCCUCUGUUGGCGGCCGGCCCAGUCGUAGUGGCCUGCUCACAGAGACCUCUUCACGAUAUGCCCGGAAGAUCUCAGGCACAACAGCUCUGCAGGAAGCACUGAAGGAGAAACAGCAGCACAUUGAGCAGCUGCUAGCUGAGCGUGACUUGGAGAGGGCUGAAGUAGCUAAGGCCACCAGCCACAUCUGUGAGGUGGAGAAGGAGAUCGCCCUGCUGAAGGCACAGCAUGAGCAGUAUGUUGCAGAAGCUGAGGAGAAGCUGCAGCGGGCACGGUUGCUGGUAGAGAACGUGAGGAAAGAGAAGGUAGACCUGUCCAAUCAGCUGGAGGAGGAGAGGAGGAAGGUGGAGGACCUGCAGUUCCGAGUGGAAGAAGAAUCCAUCACCAAAGGAGACUUGGAGCUAACCACAGUGGCUGAGAAGUCUCGAGUGCUGCAGCUAGAGGAGGAGUUGAGCCUGCGGCGUGGUGAGAUCGAAGAGCUGCAGCAGUGUCUCCUCCAGUCAGGCCCACCACCCCAGGACCACCCCGAGGCUGCUGAGACCCUGCGGCUUCGAGAGCGACUGCUGUCGGCUAGCAAGGAGCAUCAGCGAGACAGCACCCUGCUCCAGGACAAGUAUGAGAAGAUGCUAAAGACCUACCAGGCAGAGGUGGAAAAGCUCCGGGCGGCCAACGAGAAGUACGCACAGGAAGUGGCAGACCUCAAAGCCAAGGUUCAGCAGGCCACUAGCGAGAACAUGGGACUUAUGGACAACUGGAAAUCCAAGCUGGACUCACUGGCCUCUGACCACCAGUACCGUGGCCAGGCUCAGGCCAUAGAGUUUCUCAAAGAGCAGAUCUCACUGGCCGAAAAGAAGAUGUUAGAUUAUGAGAUGCUGCAGAGGGCGGAAGCCCAGAGCAGGCAGGAGGCAGAGCGACUGCGGGAACAGCUUCUGGUGGCUGAGAAUAGACUCCAGGCCGUCGAGUCCCUGUGCUCAGCCCAGCACACCCACGUGAUCGAGCCCAGUGACCUUUCUGAGGAGAAGAUCCGGAUGAAGGAGACUGUAGAGGGUCUGCAGGACAAACUGAACAAGAGGGACAAAGAGGUGGCUGUCUUGACAUCCCAGAUGGACAUGCUCAGGGCCCAAGUAAGUGCCCUGGAGAACAAGUGCAAAUCAGGAGAAAAGAAGAUGGACUCAAUCCUGAAGGAAAAGAGGCGUCUAGAGGCGGAGCUAGAGGCUGUGUCUCGGAAGACCUAUGAUGCCUCAGGCCAGCUAGUCCACAUUAGCCAAGAGUUGCUACAGAAAGAACGGAGUCUGAAUGAGCUGAGGGUAUUGCUGUUAGAAGCCAAUCGCCACUCUCCAGGGCCUGAGAGAGACCUGAGCCGUGAGGUGCACAAGGCAGAAUGGCGGAUAAAGGAACAAAAACUGAAGGAUGACAUCCGGGGCCUUCGAGAAAAGCUGACGGGGCUGGACAAGGAGAAGUCCCUGUCAGAGCAGAGACGCUACUCCCUCAUUGACCCAGCUUCAGCACCCGAGCUGCUGCGACUGCAGCACCAGUUGGUGAGCACGGAGGAUGCCCUGCGGGACGCACUGGACCAAGCCCAGCAGGUGGAGAGGCUGGUGGAGGCUCUAAGGGGCUGCUCAGACAGGACUCCGACCAUCAGCAAUUCCGGUUCUGCCAAUGGUAUCCACCAGCCAGACAAGGCCCACAAACAGGAGGACAAACACUGACCCCAAGGAAUACCAUGGACCGGCCCCAUUCACACCAGAGCCCUGCCAGGCUUCCUAGCAGCUCCACCUCCAGGCAGGAGCCAGAACUGUCUCUUUGGAGAUGAGACUGUGUUUGCAUUGUCUGCACAACUGUGGACAAUUCCCAUCUGAACCCCCUGCUGGACCAGGAGGCUCCCACAGGGCUUGGUACAGCUGGGACUGGCCCCGGAGAAACUCUUGUCCCAAGGCGCUUCUGGGAUCUGCAGAGGCUGAAGUGACCGAGUUAGGCCUCGCUUGGCUAUAGCAGGCUGUUCUGAGGCUUUUCUUGGCACCUGGGUACUUGCCUGCCUCCCUUUCCUUCUGGUAUCCCCAGGUCCCCUGAAGGCCUCUGAGGGGUGGAGCAGGGCCCCUGCUUGCACGCACACUCACACACAUGCACACACACACACACACACACACACACACACACACACUGAGAAGGGCUUCAGUCUUCAGAAACUAGGGAGGGCAUUCUUGACUCCACACACGAGCCUCUUACACAUUGGUACAAGGUCUCUUGGGCCUCUUUAGCUGGGGAAGGUUUGGGGGUGACAGACUCCUUCCUCAAUAAGCUAGUAUGCAUACUCACCCCCGCCUGCUGCCCGGAAAGAAUCGUGCAGACAGCUACAGUAUUGGUUGAGCACACAAACCCAUUCUUCCUCCCCAUCUUGACCUUGAGCCAGGCAUGACUUGGGAUGUGGAGCCAGGCAAGAACAGGUACAAAACUCUUUAAAAGCGUUCAUAUGGUGUUUUGCUGGGGGUGGGGAGGAAAUUAAACUUGUUCCCUUUAUUUCUGGGAACCCCCUGCUAUGUUACUCCAAAGACCCCAGCAGCCCACGGAGGUUCGUGUCUUCCCAGGGCGGAACUACAGUGGGUAACAGGUAUGGUAAGUCAUAAGGAUGGCCCAGGAGGCCUCUGUGAGCACCACCAGGCACCAGUAGGUGGCGCUCACACUCUCGCCCUUAGGAGUUGUAUUAGCCUCUCCACCUUCCUUUCUGCUUCCUGUUGGCUUUUGGGUAGCGCUCGCCUUUAACAACAGCAGCCUAGAGCCUAGAAUUGAUGUUGUAGUGGCCUAAAUGCAGAGCCAAACAUUGCUCUUUCCAGCACAAUCGGCAGCUCACGGAUUAGGAACUAACAGCCAAAGGCUCCCAUAGUAGGGACCAAAAGGGGCUGAGCCCCACCCUGGAGUGGGCUUGCACCUGGUAGGUGUGCAAGAAGCCAUUUCCCCACAAGCACUGGCCUUUGAAGGCCCCCUCAGCCUACCUGGUGUGGCCACCCCGCUGUGGCUCAGCCAUCCCCCCCCCCAUGGAAUUGUGGAAGUGUGGCAAGUCCAUGUUCGGACAAUAAAGCUUGUGACUGAGGUACAGGA